AUGGGUAAUAAAAGCAUAAUCAAUAGCCUGGCCUAUAAGAACUGCGAAUUCUGGGUUGGAGAGCGUAGGAUGCUAGUAGAUCUAGUCAAUUUGGACAUAAAAGGGUAUGAUGUUAUUAUAGGAAUGGAUUUUCUAGCUCAUUACCAUGCUAAGCUUGAUUGUAGAGCAAAAGUGUUAGAAUUUUGGAUUCCCGGGGAAGCAACCCUGAAAUUGGAUGUGAAAGGCAGGUUAGCAUCGUCUGCUAUGAUUUCGGGAAUUUGGGCAAGGAAAAUGUUGUAUAAAGGAGCGCAAGGUUUCUUAGCCUUCCUGAUUAAUGCUCCCAGUGACCAAGUAAAGUUGGAAGAUGUGCCAGUGGUAAGGGAAUAUCCAGAUGUUUUUCCUGAAGAAUUAAAAACAUUACCUCCAGAGAGAGAAGUGGAGUUCAAGAUUGAACUAGUGUCGGGAACGGCUCCGAUUUCUAAGACUCCGUACCGAAUGGCUCCUGCAGAGCUAAAAGAAUUAAAAAUUCAAUUACAGGAUUUAUUGGAGAGAGGUUUUGUUAGAGAAAGUGAUUCACCAUGGGGAGCACCUGUUCUGUUUGUUAAGAAGAAGGAUGGAAGAAAAACCAACGUGGUAGCAGACGCUCUAAGUAGAAAGGCCCAAGUAGCGGGGUUAAUGGUAAAAGAAUGGGACAUGUUAGAAGAGGUUAGUAUUUGGAACCCUCGCUUGGAGAGAUUGAAGAUUUUAUUUGGGAACUUGUCGUUGAAGUCACCAUUAUUGGAGCGUAUUAAGGAGGUACAAAAAAUGGACCCUAUAAUCCAGAAAAAGUUGGAGAAAGUGCAAAAAGGAGAAACCCUAGACUUUAAAUUAGGGUCUGAAGGAGUGUUAAGGUUUCGAGAUCGAAUUGUGGUUCCAGUUGAUGAAGGGUUAAGGAAAGAAAUUCUAGAAGAAUCACAUCGAUCAAGGUAUACUAUUCACCCAGGAGUGAACAAAAUGUAUCACGAUGUGAAAGAGUUAUAUUGGUGGGACGGUUUGAAAAAGGACGUGGCGGAAUUUGUACAAAAAUGUCUGAUAUGUCAACAAGUAAAAGCUGAACAUCAGAAACCCUCUGGUCUAUUGCAGCCACUAGAAAUUCCCGAAUGGAAAUGGGAACACAUAACCAUGGAUUUUGUAACGGGAUUACCUCGAAGUCAAAAAGGAUGUGAUGCGGUUUGGGUGAUAGUUGACAGGCUUACCAAGUCCGCACAUUUUCUACCUGUGAGCAUGAAGUUUUCUUUGGAGAAACUAGCCAAGUUGUACACAGAAGAGAUCAUGAGAUCGCAUGGUAUUCCUAUAAGCAUUGUGUCUGAUCGAGAUCCAAGGUUUGUUUCAUGUUUCUGGCAGAAAUUUCAAGAGACAUUGGGGACCAAGUUAAAAUUUAGCACUGCUUAUCAUCCCCAAAUAGACGGGCAGUCAGAAAGGACAAUUCAGACUUUGGAAGAUAUGCUGAGGUCGUGUAUAUCGGAUUUUGGAGUGGCGUAUCAGUUGAGGUUGCCUGCGAGCAUGGCCAAGGUUCACAAUGUAUUUCAUGUUUCUAUGCUCAAGAAAUAUCACCCCGACCCAAGCCAUAUGUUGCAAUUGGAAGAAAUUGAGGUGGAUGAGUCAUUAACUUAUGAAGAAGGACGAGUUAAGAUUUUGGAAAGAGAAGUGAAAGAAUUGAGAGGUAAGAAAAUUCCUUUGGCGAAGAUUCUAUGGAGAAAUCGUGGAAUAGAGGAGGCAACUUGGGAACUAGAAGAGGAUAUGCAGAGAAAAUACCCCGAAUUAUUUCUUUAG